AUGCGGCCUCAAAUUGCUUCCCGCGUCGCCGGUUUACGCACCGUUACCCGCCAGAACUUUUCCACUUCGGCCCCGAGGAUGUCCUCCCCAUACCACUAUCCCAGUGGUCCCAGGAGCAAUCUCCCAUUCGACCCUCUUAAUAAGUUCUUCGGCAUCAAAUUCGUCACUUUCUGCGCCGUUGGGUUUGCACUACCCUUCGGAAUUGCUGUCUGGCAAACGAAGAAGAAGUCUUUCUUGUAG